AGGCCAAUCCCAGGCUGCAUUCUAAUAUGGCCUAUCUUUAUCAAGGUGCCACUCCAUUUCCAGAUACUCCUUAUUUAUGACCUCUGAGGAGAGAGCCGGCGGCAGGCAUGUGUCUUUAGCAGAACUGUGAAACCUGUGUCAGGAGGGCUCGCCUGAGACGUCAGAUAUGGGAUUAUCACAGAACACACAGUGGCUGAGAAGAGGUGAAGAGUUUAUCUGCGUUUUCUGAUGUGGUAGGAACUUUUGUAAACACCAGGACUUUAAAAUCGCUCUUUGUUAUUUGAAUAUCUGGAGAACGUGGGUUUGAUCCCAGAUCCAAGAGAGGAACUCUGUGUGGGCCUAACUGAGGUCUCUUCCUGCUUGGAUCUUAUUGGAUGUUUUGCCGGAGUCAGAGUUACACUACCUCCCAUGGAUCCAAACAUCCAGGGGUCUUUCCUGUUCAACAACAGCCUGAACCAGUUCCCCUCUGACCUCAAGGCCCCGGUGUGCCAGUACUCUGUGCCCAACUCUUUCUACAAGCUCAACCCGGGCCUGAACAGCCAGCUGCAGGCGGGGACGCCGCACGCCAUCAGCGACAUCCUGAGGAGCUCCAUGAUGGGGAUGGGGACCACGGGCACCACCACCCUGCUGUCCGGAUACUCCACCAUGGGGGGGUUCAACCCCUCCGUCAGCAGCACCUCCAUGUACUAUAACCGAGACUACAACUCCUCCCUGGGUGGCUUCUCCAAGCCCGGCGCAGAGUGCUCCAUGAAGGGUCGCAGUGUGAGCUGCUGGGCAGAGAGCGGCUGUGACUGGAGGGGGGGGAGGCAGCAGUGCACCAACAGUAGUGGUCCUCUGGGGGAUAUGUCAGGCAGGAAGAAACACACCAGACCAACGUUUAGUGGACAUCAGAUUUUUGCUCUGGAGAAAACCUUCGAGCAGACCAAGUACCUUGCCGGGCCGGAGAGAGCCAGACUGGCUUAUUCUCUGGGCAUGACCGAAUCACAAGUCAAGGUGUGGUUCCAGAACCGACGCACCAAGUGGCGGAAGAAGAGCGCCUCGGAACCGAGCUCCACGCAGGCCAGCCUGGCGGGGCCGGGCGGUGAGGCCUCGGAGAACGAGGUGGAGGACGAGGAGUACAACAAGCCACUGGACCCGGACUCUGAUGACGAUAAGAUCCGCCUGCUGCUGCGCAAGCACCGCAGAGCUUUCUCCGUGCUGCGCCUCGGGCCGCACCACGUCUGACCAACUUCCGGCUGAUCACACGCUGCACAGCACACAUGCAUGCUGUAAUGAGAGCUAUCAGUUUUAAAUAGUACCUUUAAAAGCAUGUCCAGAACAGGUCAUUUGUGGUCCAACAAAAAAGUAUCACUGGGUUCACAACUGUAUAAAUGAAUCUAAAAACGUUUACUUUUAUAAGUUACUGUAUCUCUGGCCUGUUUAAUGUUACACUGGUGUCUGGGGGAAUAAUGUUAUUACACACUCCAUUUUUGUAAAAAUAGAAGAAAAUGUUACUGUAAAAACUGCAUGAAUCUAUUAGCAUUGGGAAUAAAUAAAAGGUGAGAGAAGCCUGAAGUUAUUUACGUGUUUUCUUUUUAAACAGUUGAUACUCCAAACACUACAAAAGCAAAUAGUGCCAUUGCAGGAAAAAAAAAAGUCAUGUUAGGACAACUAUGUCUGGGGAAUUUGUUUUUAAAUGGGCACGAAGUAAAAGAAAAGGGACUUCAUAAGACCUGUUAAAAUGAACAUGGCUGUAUGAUGAACCACUCUGCUAACAGCUUAUCAUCUCUUAUAAUAUUCCCCAGUAUUAUUUGUAAUUCUGCUCAAUGAUUAAAUGUAAUGUUGACUUGUAGUUGGUCAAAAUACUGCAGGUUUAUAGCUUUGUGUUUAACUGUUGUUGACUUUUUUUCAAACUCAUUCACAAUAAAUGAUUUGAAAUCA